GGAGGGGGAGGGGGACCUCUGCACGAGACCGAGUGGCCCGGGUUUGAGCGCCCAGCUCCACAGCGGAUCAUGGUGCAGCAGGCGGAGAGCUUGGAAGCGGAAAGCAACCUGCCCCGGGAGGCGCUGGACACAGAGGAGGGCGAAUUCAUGGCUUGCAGCCCGGUGGCCCUGGAUGAGAGCGACCCGGACUGGUGCAAGACGGCGUCGGGCCACAUAAAGCGGCCGAUGAACGCUUUCAUGGUGUGGUCCAAGAUCGAGCGCAGGAAGAUCAUGGAGCAGUCUCCGGACAUGCACAACGCCGAGAUCUCCAAGAGGCUGGGCAAACGGUGGAAAAUGCUGAAGGACAGCGAAAAGAUCCCGUUCAUCCGGGAGGCGGAGCGGCUGCGGCUKAAGCACAUGGCCGACUACCCCGACUACAAGUACCGGCCCCGGAGAAAGCCCCAAAUGGACCCCUCGGCCAAGCCCAGCGCGAGCCAGAGCCCGGAGAAGAGCUCCGCGGGAGGCGGCGGCGGUGGCGCGGGCGGCAGCGCGGGCGGCGCCAAGACCUCCAAGGGCUCCAGCAAGAAAUGCGGCAAGCUCAAGGCCCCCGCGGCCGCCGGCGCCAAGGCCGGAGCAGGCAAGGCGGCCCAGCCGGGGGACUACGGCAGCGCUGGCGACGACUACGUGCUGGGCAGCCUGCGCGUGAGCGGCGCGGGCGGUGCGGGCGCGGGCAAGACGGUCAAGUGCGUGUUUCUAGAUGAGGACGACGAAGACGACGAGGACGAAGACGAGCUGCAGCUGAGGAUCAAGCAGGAGGUGGACGAGGAGGACGAGGAGCCGCCGCACCAGCAACUCCUGCAGCCACCCGGGCMACAGCCGCCACAGCUGCUGAGACGCUACAACGUCGCCAAAGUGCCCGCCAGCCCUACGCUGAGCAGCUCGGCCGAGUCCCCCGAGGGCGCGAGUCUCUACGAYGAGGUGAGGGCAGGCGCGACCUCCGGCGCUGGGGGCGCCCCUCCCCCUCCGCGCCCGCCGCGGGCUCGGGCCUCAGCGACCUCCCGCGGCUGCGGGCGAGCCUCCCCGCCCCCACCCGGGAUGCGCGGCCAGCGGCUGGGGCUGCGGACCCACCGAGGUCUGUUCGGUGGCUUCUCCUUUCCGUGA